AUGAAUACUAAGAGAAAUAGGUUCUGGGUCAGGAAGAUGUUCAAAUUACAGCACGUGUCCUCUGCCUGUGAUGUGAUCCUCCAUAGAGGAAAGCCCGUUGCAAUCUGUGAGAAGUUCUUCAAAAUCAUUACCAAGGCACACCAGGAAUUACAGCAUGGGGGGUGUGACAGAACCUUUGAUGAAGUCAAACGCAUUUAUUCAUGGGUACCUAAGUGGUUUAUCUCCCAAUUCAUUAAAAUUUGUCCAACUUGUCAAGUGCGCAAUGGAUCACACCUCGCCCCACCCAACCAAAGUUUUCCUAGAAAUAUGAUGCCUCAAUCUAUCCAAUUGCUGUCUACACCAGUCUUGAAAGAGUCAGCCUUUGAAGAUGUGGCGCUUCAUCGAGUGCAGCCAGACUGUUUGGAUAACUUGAAUGGUCAUGGUGAGUGGGUUGACACCUUCCAGAAUCUACCGAGCCCAACCGCCUUACGUUCUCACGUGAGCUCCAUAGAAAACUGGUCGGAUUCCAUACUCGCUCAAUCUGGGCGUAAUGACCACGGGGCGUCUGUAUAUGGAGUCGAUACCCGCUUCUUGACGUCGACAUAUGUAGAUCGCACCCCCACCUGGGAUGAUGGGGUCUUGGCUAUGCCAGGCCGCCCGACUUGUCGGGACACUACACUACGUAAUUCUCAGGCAGGCCCCAAGUGUGAGCGCCUCAACCUAUCUACUGGAAAGCCUUGCAACUAUGUUUUCUCCCGGUCUUACGAGUUGACCCGACACGAGGAUAGUAUCCACAAUGCCAAGCAAAGGGUGCGGUGCCAAUUGUGCGCCAAAGAAACGACCUUUAGCCGCAACGAUGGGCUCACCCGACACAUACGACAGGCGCACCGUGAAGUUGAUUGGCCUGGCAAGCGGCGUCGCCGGGGAAGAGACUGA